CGGUCGACGAUGGCAGACAGGACGUCAACAUCGGCGGACGAGUCGGCGCCCAAGAAGGCCGCGUUCUACCUCGCGCGGGGCGUGCGCACGCUCGGCAACCAGAUCGGGACCGUCGAGUGGGACAAGUACUACCGUCAGGCCAAGGCCAAGGCGGAUGCCACCGUGCGCAAGGUGAGCGGCACGACGGUACCCCUCGAAGCGGAGCUCCGCCAUGGCGAGGCCUUUCUUCGCACGACCGCCGACAUGCGCAGCGUCUUGAACCGCGGCGACCUCAUCACGAUGGCCAACGGCGAGACGUACAUGAUCAGCCCCGACGAGCACGACGCGUUCACGGCCACGGUCAUUUCGCUCAAGUCGCCACGUGGGUACCACAUGGGCAUCAAUUGUGGCGAGUCGCUCUCGAUAUCGACGGUGCAGCACAACACGCCGAUGGCCAUGCCCAAGGUGUCCGUCCCGACAACCAUGGGCGGCGUGCUUAGCGCCGUCGAGACCGUCGGCAAAGGCGUUGUGGGUAUGGUGGGGCUCGGUGUCCAGAAGGCAAGCGACCUCGCGACCAUGGCUGGCGAGUCGGCGAAAGCGUUCGAAGAGCGGGCGCGCAUCUUCGAAGAGCCCAUUGGGACUGUCGCCAAGCCGAUGGCUGUCGGCGAUCGAGUUGUCCACGUGGCCAACGAGACGCUGCAGCUUGGGUUUCCGAACGCGGUCUUGGAAGAAGUGCUCUGCGGCCUCGAAGAAAUUCCCGACUGCGUCGUCUCGCUCAAGCACGACUCGAGCUACGCCGAGACCUCGAGCGCACUCAUGGCGACGCUCAACCGCGGCGACACCAUCGUGAUUCAAGGCGAACAGUUCAAGGUCUCUAGCAACCCAGCACGGCGCUUUCACGCGACGCAGCUGCCGCUGGACCGCAACCGCGUCGGACCAUCGGUCGAGCAGGUGCCCGUGUUUGUGGCCAAGCGCAGCAUCGUGUGCAUUCAGGUGCCCAACUGCCUCGUGUCGCUCGCGUCCGGCGCUACGACGGUCGAGUUUCUCCAGACGCCACCGCCUGCCUACUUUCGUGUCGGCGGCUCCGUCGUCAUUGGCGGCGAGACGUACGAGAUCCGCGACAACGUGGUGACGCCGCCGCGGUCUGGCAUCUCGGUGACGUCCGUGCCCGUCUACAUCCCCAAGACGCCGACGCCGCUCGAGGGCACAGGGACGCUCAAGACCGGCGAGUCGACGCUCGAGACAUCGGCCAACAUUAUGGCCAAGGUCAAGCGCGGCGACAUGCUCCAAAUCGGCGACGACAUUUACCAUGUCUCGACCAACCCUCUCAAACGGCUCAGUGCCACGUCGAUUCCGCUCGAUAAGCCCAACAUGGCGGCCGACGUCGUCCACGCGCCCGUGCUUCUGUACGAAAACGCGGCGCGCGUCCUCAAGCCCGGCGACUCGAUCAAGAUUGGCGACCACCUCUUUACGGUGGCCAACGAAAAGGACCUCCCGCUCACGGCGACGUCGAUCCCGCUCGAUCGGUUCGUCGAGACGGAGAUCCCAGCGGGUGUCGCGGUGCAAUUCAUCGGCGAUCGUUUCUUGACCGCGUCCGAGAAGGCGGCGGCGGUUGCUCACCGUGCCGGUGCGUACAAGGCGCCCGUCGGCGAGUUCAUUUCGAUCGUGCGCGGCUCCAACGUGCUCUUCACCGACGGCGAUCUGCGCCGGCUCCUGAAACGCGGCGACGAGAUCACGAUUGUCGGCGAAGUCUUUCACAUUUCGACCGAGCCCGGGAGCUUGUACGCCAAGGACUGCAUGGCGCUCGAUCGGCGCUACGACGGGCCCACGCUCACGAAAGGCGUCUCGAAGGGCUGCCACGUCAUCACGUUUGAGAAAGGAUCCCGCAAAUGCACCGUCGACGUCGACGCGACUGCGUACCUUGCGCAUGGGGACCGCGUCCAUGUCUGCGGCGAAGACUACAUUAUCUCGGAAGUCAAUGGACCCAGCGUCACGUUCGAGACGACGCGCACCAAGGACUCGGUGUUUGCGACACCGUCGCUCGUGCCCGACUGUCUCGUCUCGUUGCCGACAGGCAGCAAGUACGCAACGACCACGUCGAGUCUGCUCGGAAAAGUCGCGCGCGGCGAUGUGGUCAUGAUCGGCGACGAGACGUAUCGCGUCUCGAGCCUCUUCUUCAUGCGCUUCACGGCCGACCAACUGCCGCUCGAGUCGGCGCGGCUCGGGCCGCCGGUCGAAAUGGACGACCUUUAUAUGGCGCCGUACGAAGGCGACUUGGACGUGCGCGUGGUCGCGUCGAGCGAUGCAAGUCGGAACGUCGACUACACCAUCUACAAGCACGGCGACCGCGUGACCGACUACCAGUCGAGCGCUGCGCGAGACGAGAUUGCCAACCGCGCGUCGUCGACGAAGCGCAAGGAGCAGUGGACGUCGCUGCACCAGAAGGCGUCCUCCAAAGCCGACUACGUCCGCGAAACGUACCUCGCGCCGGGGGCCGAGAAGGUCGCCGGCGCGGCCCUGGUCGCCAAGGAAAAGUGGCUCGAGCCCGGCGCCGAGAAGCUGGUCGGGGCAGCGUUUGUCGCGAAAGAGAAAAUUCUGGAACCCGGGGCGCGCAAGGCGGCCGAAGCCGCCAUGGUGGCCGGUGGCGCGGCCAAGACCACGUACGAAAAGGCGGCGCCGGGCCUCGAAACCGUGUCGCGCAAGGCCGCGCACCUCGUCGCGGACCUCAAGUCGGGCGUCGAAGAAGGGUACGGCAAGUCCAACAAGUGACUUGUUGGUUUAGGAUGAUGAUCAUCAUAUCCACAGCAGUGCAAAAGUAUCUACUCUCAAGUGUACAAGGGUUCGUGUGUGUG